AUGUCGACGCCAACGUGGCGCUUCCAGCUUGCUCCUUCGGUCGCGACUUGCGCCUCUCUCUCUCUACGUUGUCUCAUUCCGACAUCACUUGUGUACUGCACGUGCGCUAAAACUCCGGCCCAUUGGGCUCGUAUCGCAUUUGGGCCUCUGGUUACCCGCCAUCUACAAGCCCAUCGAUUAUAUAUCCCAUGUGCUGCCAUCACCCUCACGAAGUUCAAGUUCCACACCCCGAAAUUAUUGUCCCCUCAACCUCACUGGCCACCGAUAGCCACUCAACUCCUCACUUCCGGCGCCUUUCAAACUAUGAUUUCACUUCUCCGACGAGCCAAACCGGCCGCCUCCACGGCUGCCGUCGCGCUUCUCAAACGCCUUGCUCCCGCCGAGAUUACCCCCCCGUCCGUAGCAACUUCAAUCCCCUGCAAACCCUCGCUUUCAGUUCCCUCAACCAGGAACUCUUUGGGGAUUGGGGUUCUUACGCGGCGAUUCAGCGACAAGACGAGCAACGAGUUCGAUCACAUCAGGGCUGACGUCAACUGCCCUCGAUGCUCCUCGCAGAUGCCGGUGCUCUUCUCCAACCGCCCCCUGUCGAUUUCAGGCCGGGAAGCAGGGAUUUUCCAGGCGGUCAAUUUCUGCCCCAGCUGCAAAACCGCUUACUAUUUCCGGCCGCUCAAAUUGGAGCCGCUGCAGGGGAGCUUCAUCGAGCUGGGGAAGGUUAAAGGUUUUGAGAAUACUAAUGCUACUGGUAGUAGUAGCAGUUGCAGUAGUGGUGCUGCUAGUAGUGAUAAUGACGAGAACUGUAGGGAUAUGGAGGGGUUUGUUGAGAAAGAUUGUGGCAGGAUUGGCGAUGUGGAGGAAUGCGGUGAUAUGAAGUUGGAAAGGGGGUUGCCAACUCCGAAGGAGAUUUGUAAAGGGCUUGAUUUGUUUGUGAUUGGGCAGGAGAAAGCCAAAAGGGUGCUCUCUGUGGCAGUGUACAAUCACUACAAAAGGAUUUAUCAUUCGACAUGGCAGAAAGAGUCGGGUUUAGAGUUAAACGGAAUGGACGACAUAAUUGAGGAGUCUGAGUUUGUGGAGUUGGAUAAGAGUAAUGUGUUGUUGAUGGGCCCAACUGGCUCAGGGAAGACGUUACUUGCAAAAACUCUAGCUCGCAUCGUGAAUGUGCCAUUUGUUAUUGCUGAUGCUACUACGUUGACACAGGCAAGUUACGCAGGUUAUGUUGGAGAGGAUGUUGAAUCAGUGCUGUACAAGCUACUAUCGGUAGCGGAAUUCAAUGUGGAAGCAGCUCAGCGAGGGAUUGUAUAUAUUGAUGAAGUUGAUAAAAUAACUAAGAAGUCUGAGAGUUCAACUGUUGGUAGAGAUGUAUCUGGAGAAGGUGUUCAACAGGCCUUGCUAAAGAUGCUCGAAGGAACGGUAGUAAAUGUUCCUGUCCCUGAUAAAGGACCUCGGAAACAUAAUCGCAGUGAUACAAUUCAGAUGGAUACAAAAGACAUUCUAUUUAUAUGUGGUGGUGCAUUUGUGGAUUUGGAGAAAACCAUUUCGGAAAGACGUCAAGAUGCUUCAAUUGGCUUUGGAGCUCCAGUUCGUGAGAACAUGAGGAGAAGUGGGGUGACUAGUGCUUUAGUGACAUCAUCGCUGUUGGAAUCUGUAAGCAUUGAAUCUGCUGUCCCCAUAUGCUUCCUUAACUGGUCUGAGUUGCUUGAUGUUCUUUUUGUUUAACCAAUCAUGUACUUGAUAAAUAGUCUUACUCCCAUCCUUGAACUUGUUGCAACAACACCUAUCUCUUUACCCCGUCUUGCAGGUAGAAAGUGGGGAUCUUGUGGCGUAUGGCUUGAUCCCUGAAUUUGUUGGAAGGUUUCCCAUUCUAGUGAGCCUGUCAGCUUUAACUGAGGAUCAACUUGUUCAGGUCCUCAUGGAGCCGAAAAAUGCACUUGGGAAACAAUACAGAAAGAUGUUUAGCAUGAACAAUGUUAAGUUGCAGUUCACCGAGAGUGCACAGAGAUUGAUUGCAAAGAAAGCAAUGACCAAAAAUACAGGUGCCCGAGGUCUAAGAGGCAUCUUGGAAAACAUUCUCACAGAAGCAAUGUUCGAGGUUCCUGAUAACAAGGAAGGCGCGUGUGCUAUAAACGCAGUUGUGGUCGAUGAAGAGGCCGUCGGAACAGUGGAUGCACCUGGAUGCGGAGCAAAAAUUCUCCGCGAGGAUGGCGACACAUCGGGAAGUAAUGACGACGGAAGAGAGUCGAGAGAGUUUAAGGGGGAACGUGAAGAGCCAUUCGAAGAGUUGUUAGAAGGGGACACGGGACUCGAGCCUAGAGCGAUGCGGCUGUAAUUUUUUUUCUUCUUGUUCUAAGCAUUUGCUUGAGAUUUUUGUAUCUCCUUCGUGUAUAUAUGUUGAGAUACACAGUGUAACAUGCACUCGUGCAAAAACAACCAUGGGAGAUGGUGUGAUUUCUCUCACAUCCCAAUGAUUCAUCGGAGUCGGAACAAUGCCUUAGAUUCCUAGGAGGAAAAUGAGAAUGGGUCGUGAUGACAUUGUACACUUUGUUCAGUUGAGUAUAGUUUGGAUUGGAAGGAUGAUAUCUGCAAUAAUAUUCAUCCUUCUUUGCAAAUUGCAAGUGGAAAUGUAGGGGUUGUUUGCUUGU